AUGCCCAAGCAUGCGCCUGGUCGCAAAACCAAAGUUCAUUCGAAAGACAUCCGGAUGCAAGUGCGUGUCUACCUGCUUGAGAAUGCCACUACAUCUGCGAAGCUCAUGAAAUGUGACGGCUCUAUCGAACCUGUGUACAACUUGAACAUGUCUAAGCGGAAGCUUUGGCACCGCAGUGUGGCAAUGCAGAGCCUCCUGUCGAGGCCAGCUUGGUACAAGCACAUGGCUGCCCAUCACAAGAACUUUGUUCGUUUGAAAACGCGCACAGAUGUAUGCUGCUUCUGUCACAAGUAUGACAAGGUAUUACUUCCUGCAUUGCGCAAAGAUCUCGAUGCUGUCCGUGGAGGUGUGCAAUCUGUGCAGAAUGAUUAUUUUGCAGCGAUGGACUCUCAUUGGGAAGCCAUGAAAGCAGCUGGCCGCACGGACCCUGACGAUCAGUUGUCUUUGCAAUAUGUUAAAUUCAUGAAGCUCUUCAUGGACAAGACGUCGUCUGUCCGGUACAGAACGGCAGCUGCCCCAGGAACUGUUCGUGGCCGACAAGAUCUGAAAGAGGCAGAGGCGAGUGGAGCCACAACCUUGCGGAAGUAUAUUGAUAUUUUGGAAUGCUGCGCUCAUCACUUUGCCGGUGUUCGGCGACAGCAUGAAAGAAGAGAGCAGCGAGAAAACAAUUUGCCUCCCAAUCUAUUGGUUGUACAAUUGGACUACAUGGAGAACAUGACGUGGCCGCUGGGACCAGAGGAGGCCCAGGACUGGUUCUGGGCAACAAGCCGAGAGUCCAUGACAACGCUCGGCUUCUACGUGUCUUUCUGGCGCAAUGGUUGCCGCCAUAGAGAAUAUUGGCAUUACAUCAGUCAGGUUAUGAACCACGACUCUGCGUUCGCAGUGGCAUGUCUGAACGAUUUGCUCCAGAAUCUUUAUUGUCCUGCUGCCACAGAGCUUGAGAUAUGGGCAGACACUGGAACCCACUUCAGAAGCUACGAAUUUUUAUGGAACGUGAUUGAGUUGACACGCAGCCGGUUUGCGUGUGCAAGCCUCAACUUUUUCGUUGAACAUCAUGGAAAAAGAUAUUGUGAUGGGGCUUUUGGCCUUCAGAGGCAUUGGGUAUCGCAGUUUGCACGUACGAAGAACAUUGAGUGUCUCGCUGAUAUGCACGCUGCAAUUGAAGCUGGUGCUGCUGGAACUAUGUCUCUGGACCCUCCUCCACUUGGUCCAGCCUACUAUGUGAAAUCUUUCAAGCCAAGUCCAAAGACACACAUCUUCAAGUUAGACACUUCCCUUUGUGACAUACAAAUUGAGCACACAUAUUGCAUUUUCUUUGAUCGUGCUUCUGAUGGCCACGUCCGUGGAUGGAAUUUCUGGUACAGUGAUCGCGUGGACAAACGCACGCUUGGAUCUAGCAUUGGCAAGCUGAAGGCGAUCAAAGUUCCUUGCAAAGAAGAUUGGAGGUUGUCCUACCGGGCGACCCAACCCGAAAAGAACCCUUUGAAUGUUGACUUGUUGAAACGCCGAAUGGCCAAGCAAAGUGCCUUUAUUGACUCUAGCGGCGCAAGCCGUCGAACAAAUUUUAUGCAAGCUUUGUUGCGCCGAGAGAAGCAGGGGGCAAAGCAGAAAGCUAAGUAUCUCCGGCAGAAAAGAGCUCUGGCAAUCAAUUUAAAAGAAGGCCAAGAUUCAAGCGACAGCGAGAGUGAAAGCGACGAGUGA